AUGGCCGAGACACAAAGCGGCACGCAGACUCCCAUCUCCGGGGCUUCCACGCCAGUUCCCAGGGGCAAGGCCGUCAACAACAAGCCACCAAAGAAGGAAGUCAAAAUAUUGAUGCUUCAUGGCUACACUCAAUCUGGUCCCCUCUUUCGCGCCAAAACCCGCGCGGUGGAAAAGCUCCUCGUCAAGGCUCUGGCUCCCCGAAAUCUCAUCCCUUCUCUCAUCUACCCCACCGCCCCCAACCGGCUGUACCCCCGCGACAUCCCGGGGUAUCAGCCGUCAUCCGACAACGAAGGCAGAGAGGACGAGGAGAUAGACUCUUGGGCUUGGUUCCGCAAAGACGAAGCUACUGGGUCGUAUCGUCUUGUCCAGCAGGGAAUGUUACAACUCGCCUCCGCUAUCGAAGAGACCGGCGGCGGUAUCGAAGGUGUGAUUGGGUUCAGUCAGGGGGGUUGUGUAGCUUCCAUUCUUGCUGCCGCGUUGGAAGGGUUCAGGCAGCCGGCUGAGGAGCACAAGGAGUGGGUGGGAAGUAUACGGGCCGCAAACGGCGGACAGCCGCUCAAGUUUUGGGUGUCGUACUCUGGGUUCUGGGCUGUGGACCAGGACCUGAGCGGGUGGCUUUAUCAGCCAAAGGUGAAGACGCCGAGCUUGCACUAUUUUGGUGGUCUGGAUACAGUGGUGGAUGAGAGCAGGAGUCAGGGGCUGGUGGAAAGGUCGGAGGGGGCAGUCAAGGUGGUCCAUCCGGGCGGGCAUUAUGUGCCCGUGAGCAAAGAGUGGGUGGUGCCGCUGGCUGGAUUUGUGCUACAGUCUCUAACGGAGGCCCCUCGUGAGGACGAGAAGCUGUGA